AUGGAUGAGGAUUUAACUAAAUCAGUUUGGGAUGAUGAAUUUGACUCCAAUAAUCCAAAUGCAGACCAAGCAACUAGCGGGUUUGCCGAUGGCAUAAAUGCAACGUCAUCCACUUUCGGUCAAUCCAUUACGCCCUUAGCUAACGAUUUCCAAUCAUAUUCAAUUGACGACCCAUUUACCAACCCUUUUGAAGACAAAAAGCCUCAAGAUGAAAUUUAUGAUGAUGCAGAUGAGGACGAUGCACAUGAUGAGGCAAAUUUCAACUCGGAACAAGAGCAAUUACAUGAGAUCAAAUCAGAAGAGAGGAAGGAGCUAAAGAGUCAAAUCAUGUCUGAACUUACAAAUGGGUCCGAGGACAGCGAUAUUUUGACACUGAAAUUGAAUGAGAGGACACCUAAAAGCGUGAGAAAAACCGACGAAUUGUUCCAUGAUAGAGAAUCACCCGUUAAACUCGUUUCUCUGGGUGAAGAUCCUGCGUUGUCACCCAGUAGACCUUUGAAUGUCAAAAAAUUUAAGGCGACCAGACCUCGAAAGUUCAGCUCAAAGACUAAUGUACAACAUUUGAGGUCCUCUCAGUCAGAAUCAUCCGAUGUGUCGUUAGGUCCAUUAGGUGGUGCAACUAAAGCCCCAGAAGACCCAGCUGCUGACCCAGCAGAUCAAAGCAAAGCAGAGACUAAAAUAGAGGAUGACGGAAAAAGCGACCAGAAGGACAGGGAAAAUCCCGAAAAGCAGCACCUGCACAACAAAGAUGAUAAUGGCUUGGAUAUCACCGUUGGCGAUCCGACAAAAGUGGGCGACAUAACUACAGCGCAUAUUGUGUACACCAUUAGGACUAAAAAUAAAAACCCUGAGUCAGGAAGCUUUUCAAACAUAGAGACAGCAGAAGUGACAAGGAGGUAUAAAGACUUUAGAUGGAUCUAUCAUCAACUCCAGGCGAACCAUGCUGGUAGAAUUAUUCCACCGCCCCCUUCCAAACAAAGCAUAAUUGGCAGGUUUAACGAAAAAUUGAUAGAACAUAGAAGAUUUGCUCUAGAGAAGAUGUUAAGAAACAUCGCCAACAAGCCUGGUCUUGCUAAUGAUCCAGAUCUUGUAUCAUUUUUAACCAAUGACGGCGACGGAAGAUUCAACGAAGGUGGACUCGAAGAUUCUACUAUUCACGAAGGAGGAACUGUUAAUUCAAACUCCUCAUCUGCAGCCAAUGUUGCCGCUAGUGCGGCCGCCGCCUCGACCGGUUUCAUGAGCUCGUUGUUUUCCAUGUCUAAUAAGUUUGUCGACCCUGACCACUUUUUCGUGGAGAAGAAGAAUUACCUUGAUGAUUUGGAAUACAACUUGAAACAAUUUGCUAAAACAAUUGAUUUAAUUGGGACUCAGCGACAAGAUAUGAUUAAUAUUUUAGAGGAAUUGGCAAUCACUGUGGAGGAGCUUUCGGCCUUGGAAAUUAGCAAAGCCACAGGAGAUCUACUCAACGCUUUCAGUGAGGUCGAAUUUAAAAUAAAAGAUAAUUUGGAUAGGCUCAACAUUUCAGAUCAGUUGACUAUAGGGUUUACCAUUGAUGAAUAUUUGCGUAUCAUUGAAUCUAUAAAUUAUGCGCUACAAACAAGAAUAAAAGUCUACCAGCUGUUAUCAUCAUUAACGACGCAAAUAGACAAACUAUCCAGAAAGCAACCCCUUCUGCCAGAGAGAGCCUUUGAAGUCGAAAAGCUUAAAGAGAGACAGAGUGACUUGAAGAAACAGUCUGAGCAAAUAAGUGAUACAAUAAAAGCCGAGUUGGAAGAAUUUGAACUCAACAGGAUCGAUGACUUCAGAAACAAUGUUGAGAUUUACGUUGAAAGUUCUAUUGAGUCGCAGAAGGAGUCUAUUGAAUUGUAUGAAACAUUUUAUAGUCGGUAUAUGUCUUAG